AGCCGAUAGGUCUUCAUCAAGGAAAACAUUGCUGCAAAGAUGGCAGCCGCCGAAAUCACUGGUGUGUCAGAUGAACCCCUUAAAUUAUCAGAAUUAUUAGAUCACGGGUGGAAAUUAUUUGAGGAAGUCGAUUGUACCAAUGAACCCAUUGCAGCGACCCACAUACAAGUUAAAAUAAAGCGCGGAAUAACGCAACUUGAAGAGGCGUCGCGAAUGGUUGCCCAGCUCGAUUUGUUCAGUCGCAAUGAAGAGUUGGAGGAGAUGGCAACUGCUGAUUUGAAGUACUUGCUGUUACCUGCGUUUCUAGGAGCGCUUACUAUGAAGCAAGUGAACUUGGCCAAACGACUGGAGCAAGUUCAGAUUGCCAGGGUGUACUUCUUAGACUUUUUGAGAAGGUGUAAGGAGUAUGACCUCUCAAAAUUUGAACUACCCAAGGCAAGCGAAGACUUGCCAGGCACAUUGGAAGAUUCAGAACACGGGCCCGCCACCUCCCCCAAACCGCCAGACCUAGUUGCAAUGGCAACUCAGAGACAAGCAAAGAUCGAAAGAUACAAGCAGAAGAAGGACACAGAAGCAAAGCUAUCGGAGAUCAAGGCAGCUGUUGACAGUGGAACGGCAGACGAUGAGAUUGUAAGAGACUUCUACCUUCUCAAUGUCAGGAAAUGGAUUUCUAUAUCUCUGGAGGAAAUCGAGAGUAUUGACCAAGAAAUGGAGAUUCUGAAAAGGAUGGAUUUUCUGAAACAGACUUCAACAGAGCCCUCACAAACCAAACACAGGCCACCCAUGAAACCUUUCAUCCUCACCAAAGAUGCUGCACAAGCCCGAGUGUUUGGGGCGGGUUACCCCAGCCUCCCCACCAUGACGGUGGAUGACUGGUACGAGCAGCACAGAAAGAAGGGGGCUCUUCCUGACCAAGGCAUCCCCCGCAGCACUGCCGACUUCGAUGCCGAGGAGCGGGCCAGAGAAGAGAAGGAAAUGCUGGUGGAGAAUGAUGAUGAAGAGGCUUUGCAGAAGGCCAAGGACUGGGACAACUGGAAGGACACGCAUCGCAGAGGCUACGGGAACCGCAAGAACAUGGGCUGACACGCCGGCCUCGUCCCAGCCACAGUGCCAUGCCCGGCCCACAGUAGUCCCCACAUCUCUGUUAGCCCAAUAUUAAAGGAACGUUGACACAACAGCUGUGUGUGAAAGGAUGGCCUUAAAGGGUUGGUUUCCACAACACGAGACGAGGACAGGUUUAUCACUAUCUGUCUUUUGGUUAUGAGUCUGCAAACCCUGGAUUUCUUCCAGUGUAGUAGUAUCAGUGGUACAUCUUUAUUUAUUUGUGUCCGUUGGUAUGAUCUCACCUGCAUUGGAAGCAAGAUUUAACCCAAAGACCAUGAGUCAUUGGUUUAGCUGGGUCUAAUAUGAAGUGCAUCGGUAAUUUAAUUCUGUCAUUUUUUCUGAAAGUCAAAAUUCAAGACCUAUGUUGACUGUUGUCAUGGAAUGGCGUUGACUGUGUGUAAGCAAAUGGAAAAUCACUUUGGAAUUCAUUUAAUCAAAAGGAUGACUUAAAGAUGAGCUGGUUUGGAAUAUGAUGACAGUUACAUGAUAUCCCAUUUGUAAAACAAAGCCACAUUUCAAAAUGUGCGUUCCUAUUGGUGUAGAUGUUCUUUGGGUUACAGAGUAGUGAUUCAUUUGUUAGUAUGAUGCAUUUCAUACUAUGUAUUUUUUUUAUGUAUUUGACUUUUCAACAUGUAUUAAAGAAACACGUUUCCCAUU